UUGUCUGAUCUCGCAUUAUUCGCAGGAACGUGGGCUUCUCUUCUCUCUUUCGCCUGACGGUUCUCUCAUUCUGUGUUCGACGUUCGUGCUGUGAAGAGGCGUUUAAUUCCCCAAUUUAAUAGAGCGAGUGAAAAGUGUUCUUUUUAUUUAUUGGCAUAAAGUGCGUGUAUCAACCGUUGAUUAUUGGCACUGUCGAAAAGGUGAUCGAAAAGUGUAUCUGUGUGUAUGUGUGUGUGAUCAAUACUAACAAAUCGCAAAUCGUGGCAGUCAUAUUUGACCCCUGGAGUGUUGGUGACGAACCGUGUUUUUUAUUUAAUAAACAUCAUUAACGAGGAUCAAAGGAGCAAAGGUGAUUGGCAAAAUACACUUUUGUUUCAUAAAUCUUCGACAACUGCAGCAAACUUAAAGGUCUUGAGUAGAAGAACCUCUUGUGGAGAAGCUAACUUAUCAAAGUGUGGCCUUUAUUUUCAAAAAUAAAAGCUUCAUCGAAGAUAUAAAAGAUGGGACUGGCACAAAGUAAGCGUUCCGUUAACAUAACCACAGACCCAAGCAAGGAAGCAGUGGUCGCUGAGGGAACUGGAAAGCUGGAAAAAAUUGGCGAGGUAGAUCAGCUGAAAGCACAAGCUAAUGGCGAUACUCAACACAACGAUGGCGAAAAUGAAACGAAAGUGGAAACCGAUGCGGCCGAAAACGAAAAGGACUCCACAACAGAAAAGACCAACAAAGAGGGUGGCGAUGGUGGUGGCGGUGGCGACACCAGUGUGGCCGCUGUAUCUCCAACCUCGGAAGGCGAAUCGGAUGCGAAUAAUAAAACGCUUGAAAACGGCAGUAACGAUGAAUCACUAAACGAUAGCAAAGCGCCAGUAGCAGAUGAGGCCACCAAGAAGCCGAAGAAACCGAAGAAGAAGUGGUCCUUCCGCAAUCUGUCGUUCAGCAAAAAGGACAAACAGAAACCGGUCAAAAAGGAGAAGGACGAGGAACGCGUUAAUGGUGAAUGUGAGAAAGUUCCCGAAGAGCCCACUGAGGAUGCUGCUGCCGCUGCUACCGCCGCUGUAGCUCAAGAAGCCGCAUCUACCACUGUUGAAGCCGCCGGUACGAGUGAAACGAAAGCGGAAACCGUCGUGACUGCUGCCCCUGAAGUUUCUACUACCACUGCUGCUGCUACCGAUGCCGCCGCUUCUGCUGCUGCCCCAACUGCUGAUGUAACUACCACCACCACCAUCACCGCUCCCGCUGUUGACACCACCAAAGUAGAGGAACCGGCGAUUGAGGCGGUGGCCGUUGCGGCUCAAGAAUCGGCCGCUCCUGUCGCUGUUCCUGUGGUUCCUGCGGAACCAAAGGUGGAGCCGAAAGAGGCAGCACCCGUCGUAGAAGAACCAACCGUCCCGAUGGCACAAGAAGAGAAACCGGAGCCGGAAACAACCACUACUACUGCUACUGCUGCCGUCGCUGCCCCGAUCGACGAGAAAGUGGUUGAAUCGGCAGCCGUUGAGGUAAACACUUCUACUCCUCCUACUAGUACCACUACCAGUAGUUCUGCUGUUAAGGUAGAAAACAAACCCGAAUCGUCUGUAGAGAGCGAAGUUGCUGCUACUACUUCUACUACUCCUUCCAAUACUACCAAUCUCGACAAUAGUACUACUACUACUACUACUCCCAACACCCUGACCGACACUGUUGUUAGCGAAUCUGAAAAGAUUGUAGACGGUGGUGAAAGUACGCCCCCACCUCCACUACCCUCCAUUCCUCCACCCUCUCAGGUGAUGGUGUUCGUUGAGGCUUCACUGUCACAGGUUGCGAGUGACGCAUCGUCGUUGGAGGAGAAUCCGUCAAUGGUUUCGGUUCCGUCUGAUGCGGGCCAGUCGAACGAGACGCAAAGCCCACCCGUCGUUGCCCCUGUUGAAGGUUCGCCCGAAGUAGUGGCACAGUCUGUUGAAAAUCGUGGUGCGACCGUUGUGGGGGAUGUUAGUCCACUUGAAACGUCAUCUUCCACUGUUGAAGCUAAGGAAGUGGUGGAGCCUGCAAUUGUUGCUUCUGCCGCAGAGCAAAUGCAGUCAACAUUGCCAUCCGAAUUGCUUCCGGCAGAGCAACCGACUAACGUUGUUGAGGAAUCCGUUGUUUCGGAAAAGGUCGCUGAUGUAUCGGCACCAGUAGUAGCUGCGUCCGAAUCGGAACAACCUUUGGUAACCGAAGAGAUCAAAGAGACGGUUUCAAAGGCGGUUGGAGAAAUUCUUGAACAAGCAGUUGAUAAAAUCGAAAGUGGAGAGGUUCCGCUUACUGCUGCCGCACCCGCAGAGCAAACAAUCGAAAAGGAACAGUCCGUUCAACUAACAACGACGGAACUAGCGGCCGUUCCGCUUCCUGAAGAUGAGGCAGUUGAUGAAAUCAGUAACAACAUUGACGAUCUGCCACCGCCUCCGCCACCACCAGCCGUUGAUGAUGAUGAAACAGUCCCCGACUCUCUGCCAUCGCCGCUGCCAACAAUUGCUGCUGCUGUCCCGAUGGAACUGGAUGCUGGCCUGUUGGGAACGACCGAUGAGCUAAAGCAACAGGAUACCAGUGUGCUCUCGGUAGACAUCUCCUCUCCUCUGCCACAAAACAGUCUCGAAUCGCUUCCGUCGCCUCCGACUUUGUCACAGAGUGAUGUCAGCCUGCCACCACCACCAGAGUCUCCCACGGCGGUCGCUGUUCCCGAGCAAGUGGUCAAUCCGGAAUCUGAAACUGAGUCUGCCGCUGUUCUACCGUCGCCUCCACCUGCACCAUCAUCUACCGGUGACGAUCCUAUCAGCUCUUCCAUCCCAUCCUCCCUUCCAGAAGCAGAAGUAGAAGUAGCUAAGCAGCAUUCGGUUGAUAGUCAAGGUUCGGCAAUGUCGGUGGAUACGGCGGCGGCGGCGACGGUGGAAGCGUCGGCAGAGAAGCGCAAUGAAGAUGAAACGCUGAAGGAAUCUGUCCCGGUCGUAGAUGCUAGUAGUAGCGAAGAGAAGAAGGAAGAAAAGGUGGCAAGUGCAGAGUCGAAUGAAGCACAGCAGGACACAUUGGCAGCAAACAAGGCGGCGACGGCAGAGACAGAAGCAACCGCGGAGGCAUUAGUGACGCCCCCGGUAGCCGUACCGGCAGAAGUUGAGGAAAAUGUCGCGCAAAAGCAGCAGAAUGGAUCAAUGGAGCACGGAACCAGCAAUGGCACGACCGAAAAUGGCAAAACUGAAAACGGCACGACCGAAAAUGGAUCGGUUGAAAAUGGUCAGAACGGUGUCCACGAAACGUCUGCCACAGAAAGUCUGAAUGGAGAAUCUGAGCACAAAAAAGAGGAGAAAAUUCCAGAAAAGGCAGCUCAGCUUCAGCAACCUCCACCGGCAGCUCCAGAAGUAACAGCCGAGUAAAGGCAAAUUGGCGCUGAACAAAACGACAGCAUCUAUUGAUUAUUAAUUAAUUAUAAUUCUUAUUAUUAAUAAUAAUAAUUAUAAAAAAAAACAAACCACACACACAAAAGAAUCAUACACACUCUAAUGGAAAUAAAUAAAAAAGGGGAAAUAAGUUACGAGACCGAGUUAAACCGUACGAACGAAAGCGAUAGCGCGAGUGAGUGGAUGGAAAUGUUUACGAUUAGGAAAGCAACGAAAAUGAACGAUUACAAAGGCAGGAUAUUAUCGUUCGUAAGAAGAAUCAAACAUACACUAUAAAAUUUACUUCACUCGCACAUAAACACCACCAUGAUUUGAGCAUCAAAUUUAGUUUUAAAAUGAUCUUUUAAUUUUUUUGAUAUCAAAAUAAAAGUCAACUAUCAAACAGCUCGGCGGUUAAUGUAACGAUGAUGAAAAGUUAUGUUGUUAUAGCCUGUGAAGAUUGGAAUAUUUUGAACUCUCGUCUGUACCUACAUUUAUCUCUAGAUUUAUAGGUUGUUUAGGACAAACUGAAGGAAAAAAAACAAACAAACGUUGGAAUAAACGAACAUGAUCUAAUAUUGUAGAAAUUCAUAAUUAAAAUGCCAGUAUAAGUAAACCGGAUGUUUAAAAUUUUCUCUAGUGAAAAGAUGGAUUGCGACCAUUAACAAAUGUAAUCGUAAUUUGUAUUCGUUUCGCACGUAUCAUCAACGGUAUUUACUGUUAUUUUGCAGACGAUAAGGAAAAUGUCUUUUAAAUGUGGAAAUCAUCUUCCGCUCAAAUCGAUCAGUCCCAUUUAUAGACGCAUUAGGAUGCGAAGAGUGAAUGUAUAAUUUUUUUUUCACUGGUGUGGUGUUAAGUUGGCAGAGGAAACGGCGGUUUCCUACUCUUUUUUGCUACUUUAUUUUUUCAUUUUAAUUACAUAAAAAGAAGAGGAUCAAUAAACAAUUUCAAACAAACUUA